CUUAGAAAUAAAAUGAAUAUGGCAAACGAAGAGAAACCAAAAAAGAAGAAAACUCUCAUGACCAGCUUCUACAAAUUCUCCACCACCAUUUCGAAGCAGUCACACAUAAACCCUAAAACCAAACCCAACAAACUCUCGACCCCACCAUCAUCAGUAUCACAAGAAGAUGCAUCAAAACCCAUAGUCCCACGUCCAACAAAAAUGCAAAACCAUCUGAUGAGAGACAUCUUCGAGUUAGAGACUAGUAGUAACGAGAGAAAGAAAGUCUGUGGUGGUGUAGCGGAUGAAGGCAGAAAAUCGGUGUCUCACGUGGAGAUGGAUACAACGGCGAGGCUAGCGGCGGUGGCUGAGAUGUUAACGGUGAGGAUAUUAGCGACGGACAUGCCAGGGUUUAUGCAGGCACAUGCUUUUAGGUGUGCGAGAACGACUUUAGAUAGUUUGGAGAAGUUUAGUUCGAAGCACGUGGCUUUCAAUCUUAAGAAGGAAUUUGACAAAGGGUAUGGACCAGCAUGGCAUUGCAUUGUGGGGUCAAAUUUCGGGUCGUUCGUGACACAUUCCACAGGCUGUUUUCUUUAUUUCUCAAUGGACAAACUCCACAUUCUCCUAUUCAAAACCAAAGUUCGUUCUACUUGAUCUCCUCAUUGAUUUUUUUUUUUUUUGUUAUAUAGUUGUUUUCUUCUCCUACUUCUAGGAUGUAACUUGUACCCAUUCGUAUUGAAAAGGCUUACUGUAAUUUUUUUUUUGUUUUCUUACUGUAAAUAUCAUACCCUUCAUUUUAUUGUAUUGAUGGAAGAUCCCUUACAAGAUUGAAAUACGGUCCAAAACUCCAACACUUUUCUACCUCUCUUCCGUGCGCAAUCAGAAAAUACCAUUCAAACUAUUAGGUCUCCAAC